CUUUCAUAUCAUCUGAACGAUUUCCCACGUAAAAGUAGGAUUUUUGCUGCGUCUUAUGUCGACUUUGAGCGACGUGUGCGAAACGAACGGCGACUCUUCGAUCGAAAAACCUGCCAUCCCCACUUUACGCUCACUUGCGUUCCCGCGGAUGGUGCGCGCGCGCAGCAUCGUAAUUCCCUUUUUUACCCGCGAAAUUUCACCUGCAAUCCGCUCGCGGGACGCGCGUUUCGAGUCCGUUACACUCGUGGAAAAAAAAAAACAUCUGGGGGGUAAGAAGCGGCGACGCGAGGAAGAAACGCGGGAUAUGCCCCGCACAGUCGGAUGUGUGGAAGGUAAUGUGGGGAUAUGUUGCAACGGCGAGGUAUGGAACUAGCAAGAAAGGGUAAUACGUGAGAUAUUCUUUGGGAAGAAUUCCCGGUUUUUGCCUCCUAUCGAUAACCGAUCUCCGGCUUCUUAACAAGUGCACUUUAAUAAAGUGCCCCGAGGGGGACCGAAAGAAACGUCCGCGGUAAAUCACUCGAUAAUUUAUUUUAUCAUCCCCCUACCUAGCGGGAGUUAAGAUUACUUUAAGCGUACUUUCUUACGUUGCAAUACGACACGAGAAUUAAAUACUCGAUUGUUUAGCGACCCCUUUGCGGUGGCACGUGAGAUGAGCUCGCGAGUACGUCGCAAUCCCGCUUGUUACAAGAAAGACUCGAGUUCUUGCGUUUAAGGAGCGUAAUGACGCUCAUCCUCCGGUCUAAGGCCGAAGUCUCGAGCAUACAGGUGGCUGUGCCCCCUAGUUGUUAAUUUUUUUUUCAUGGGUCUAUAAAUCCCGAAGAAUAAAUAAAUCCAUCCAAUGCCUCAAGAAUCACGGUCGUACCCUCCAUGCGCCGCACGAACUCCAGCUCCAGAGCCCUCUCUGUACUUUUCUGGUUAAUAAAAUUGAUACACUGGGAUUAUGAUCGCCGCACCUCAAGUCCACUCGAGGAGUCACGUGUAAUUAUUCCGGUCGUCAUUUUUCAGUGGUGCAAACGUCGGUCCCCCAGAACGAGGCCGAGCUGCAGCUCUACAGAGUAAUGCAACGCGCCUCCCUUCUAGGGUACUACGACACUCUUCUGGAAAUGGGUGGUGACGACGUGCAGCAGCUCUGCGACGCCGGCGAGGAGGAGUUUCUGGAGAUCAUGGCCUUGGUCGGCAUGGCCAGCAAGCCGCUUCACGUGAGGAGACUUCAGAAAGCUCUUCAAGAGUGGCUGACAAAUCCUGCCUUGUUUCAGACUCCGGUCGUGCCGCCCAGUGCCACCUGUAAGACCACCACCGUGGGGUUCCCCUGCGUCAGCCCGAGGCCCCAAGUGAACUCAAGCUUCCAGGCAAUCUCGCAGACGCCGGCGCCCUACGUCGCAACGCACGUUCCGCUGACGCCUCUACCCUGCCGUAGUGCCAGUCCCGUUGUGCCUGUUACUCCCGUUAUUGCCCCCGUGGCCUCUUCCACCUUCAGGCAGAGCCCCAGCCCCAACGCGCCUCCACCUUACGCGGCCUCGCACAGCCCUGGGAUACUCCAGGUUGGCACGUGCGAGUCGUCCUGCGGAAGUGGAACGACGCCCAGCCCCAGCGCAGGUGGAGCACCUGCGAGCCCCACGCAACCCACGCCAACGUUGCUGCAGUCGCAGGUGCAACGGCUGGCCGAAGCUGCGGAGAGAUUGGCCGCCACGAUACGACCCCUCGACCCCAAGCCGCAUAACGUGAAGAAGAAGAUAUGCAAGAAUCUCGAGAUGGUGAUGGCCAUGCCUGACAGCGACCCUAGGAGGAUGGAGGAAAUCCGGAAGUAUGCCGCAAUAUACGGGAGGUUCGACUGCAAAAGGAAACCGGAGAAGCCGCUGACGUUGCACGAGGUGUCGGUGAACGAGGCUGCGGCCCAGAUCUGCAGAUUCGUGCCGGCCCUGCUCACCAGGAGGGACGAGCUCUUCCCCUUGGCGAGACGAGUCGUCAGGGAUUCCGGGUACCAUUACUCUAAGAGCCAGUACCUGUCCAUGACGAGGACUAGGGAGAACGGUGACGAGUCGGAGACCGAACGGUCGAAGAGGCGACAUCUCGACCUCAAGGGUGAGGGCGAGGAUGAGGACGCGACGCAGGCCGAGUUGGAUCUUCGCUGUUCCGGCGCAGACGUUAAUAGUUCCGGUAUCAGGAGGCAUGGCUCGUCGAGUCCAGUUUGGCACAGGAAGAGUAACAACGGUAUGUUUGGCACGAGCGUAGAGGAGAUCAGUGACUCGGAUAGCCAGUUUUCGUUCUCCAACGAGGAAUCGUCGUCUCUACACGACACGAACGAAGCAGAGGCCGACGUGACGGAUAAAGAAAGCGACUUCAACCUGAAGGUAAUCGCAUCCCGUGGAGAUAAUAUUAUUGCGGUGGCAAAUCCUGCCCUGAUGGAUUGCAGCCACACAAUAAAGGAGGAGCCUGCAGACGAGAAAUCUACGCUGUGAUAUUACUGUAACGCUGUUAUUUCGAGUAGAAUUAUUAAUUCCAAUACGAUCAUUAACAUUACAAUACGUUCGUAACUAUCGUUGUCGCCAUCAUGAUUGUUAUCUGCAGCAUCAUUAUCAUUGUGUUCAGUGUCAUCGUUCUUCUGGCUGCCGUAGUGACCAUUAUAAAAAUUCUUUACUAACGCCGACCGUUGAGAUUCAAUAUCAUGACUCGUUUUAUUCAUUUAUCAAAGAAGAAAUCGAUCUUUCCGUUUGUUACCUAGGUUUAAUUUAAUAUUGACUGUAUCCCGUCCGAGAGUUUUGUUAAACUUUGUUCCAGCUGAUUGCAAUUAUAUAGAAGUACAGCUGAAAUCAAAGGUUCAAGAGUCCAGGUGCCGAAUAGCAACCAUUGUCAAUAUGAAUUAACGUAAAUUAUUUUACAGGAAGAGCUGACAUUCUUGAUCCUAUGGUUUUCACGCGAACGUAAAUAAAAGACUUUUGUUUUUUUUAAA